CCAUCGCAUCUCCCAAAAUCAGAUUCGCUGCCAAAAAUUGUAGACUUUUCGCAGUAUAAGUUUGCUUGACGGGUAUUUUUCUUGUAAUCUUCUUUAUCAAGAUAAUUCACUACAUUCUGUUUUGUUUAUAGCUGUGUUCAAGUGAAAGAAAAUUCUUUUGACAUUGCAACAAUCAAAUUCAAAGACCCUUUUCAAUUCUUGAUUCAAAUUUCCAGUUUUGUAACCGAUCUUGAAAUGAUGGGUGUAGGUAUAUCAAUCUUGAUGGGAUUAAAAGCCACAAUACUGUUCCUCUUCUUUGUGUACCUUAGAAAUCUUGGUUUCAUCUUAUUAUCAAUACCUUUUUUGUAUGCUUCUUUGGUAUCUGUGCUUGUAUCACUAGCUUCUCACCCUUCUAUAAAUCUUCCAAUGCUUUUAGGCAAAAACCCAGAUGGGAGUUUCCCGAUUUGGUCAAUUUUAAUGUUCAGUCCAUACUUAUACUUUGUUAGACUCUUUUCAAGAUUGCGUAGAUUGACUAGUGGUGAAGAGCCUUAUAAUGAGAUUUGUGAGGGUAUUUAUGUUGGUGGGUGGCCUCAUUCAAAUGAAACAUUGCCACCUGGUGAUCUUGCUAUUAUAGAUUGUACUUGUGAAUUUCCAAGGAAAUCGGAGUUUAAAGGGCACUCUUAUUUGUGCGUUCCAACUUGGGAUACAAGGUCUCCUCAGCCUGGAGAUAUCGAAUCAGCUGUUAAGUGGGCUUGCAGGAAAAGAGGUCUGAAUAUGCGAGUUUUUAUCCACUGUGCAUAUGGUCAUGGAAGAAGCGUUGCUGUGACAUGUGCACUGUUGGUGGCAUUAGGUGUGGUGGAAGAUUGGAAAACAGCUGAAAAAUUCAUUAAAGAAAAGCGACCUUAUAUCCGGAUGAACACUCUUCACCGCCAGGCUUUGGAAGAAUGGUCAAGACACCGGUUAUCUUCUCCUGUGAGAAUGAGGUGAUGAAUGUAAAUUCAGUAACUAUGUCAACUUCCUCAGGACACUCACAAUCUGAUAGGCCAGAAAGCAUAACUCAUUGACAAGCUUCAUUACUUAUGCUGUUAUCUUUUCUCGGUAUACAUUAUGAUGUUCUUUUUACUUGUUACCAUAGCUCAGAUGAUGAGGAAUUAACCUUGGGUAUCAAAUUUAUGGUGUUUGAUAA